UCACCAUUUCAUGGCACGCAUAGGUUUUGACGGCAUUUGUUAAAUUUUUCGACUUUUCGUGACAGCACGUCAUUUUCGACAUUUGAUUGAUAAUUUUCCAAAGAUCCAUCAAAUUAGUUUGUUUGAAAGUUAGUUUUAGCGCUAAGUCUUAUGUUGUGAUAUUUUUGGUUUAGUUUAAGUAUGUGAGAUAGCGUGGCCUUAUUUUAUAGGGGGUCCAUCAUGACGGCACAAAAGUGCGUCGUGGAGGGCUGCAACUUGGAAUACGAUGUGGUUUGCAGCUUCUCCUUUUACAAUACCAACACAUCGUCAGACAGUGAUGCCAAACGGCAGGAAUGGAUCGAGGGAGCCAUGCAGGAGGAGAGCGAAUGUCUCUGGCGGCACGUCAGCCUCCAUUUAUGCGGGUACCACUUCGAGCUGGAUACCCAGGGGCUCUGGAUUGAUUCUCCUAUGUUGCCGGAAUUGCUCACGCCUCAAGAGAAGGAGGCACCGGUCCAGACGGAAGCGGAUAAGAAAGGCGACAGCCAGGCAGCGGCUCGGGGCGGCUACCAAGCUCUAUUUGAGAGGUUCCUAGAAAAUGUUCCUAAAGUUGUGGAUGUAAUACGCAUGGAGCACAAUUACAGUGUGGAGUCGGUGAAGAAGGAACCGCCUCAGAACGUCUCGAGACUGAACGUGAGGCAGCUCGUCGACACGCUCGGCUAUCUUUCACUCAAGAACUUGCAACGCAAACAGUUGUGGGUGGUGCGAGUGGAAACUGACAAGGCUGAAGCCUCCAUCACGCAGUCCGAACAGGUCAUCACCAAGAUGCAGGAUCCUAAGCAAAUCAUUGAGAUAAUACCCCAAACCUCGUCAGUUGAACCGCAGCCGAAUCAGAACGAAGUAUUGCAAAUCAUGGAGGACACCAGCGUCCCGGACACCUUCAUAUACGAGAUCGCCGAGGAGCAGGAGAUCAGCAUGGAGGAGGUGAAGGAGAUACCCACCGACAACAGGGAGUGGAUGGUGAACAUCAUACCCGAGGAGAGCAAGCCUAAGUACGCCUAUAUCAAACACUGCAACACGGGCAAGAAGAAACGCCAUUUCACAGCAGAUGUCAACGAGAUCUCACUGCAGGGGGACUACGAGAAUUACUAUAUACUCCCCGAUGUGGACCCCUCGGUCGGAGUGGAGAUAACCACCAGCUACGAGCCGGAGAACUACAUAGUCGAGGAGUACCAGCAUUUAGUGGUGGAGGAUAGGCAGCCGAGGAAACGGAGUAAAGAGCCAGUCGACUCCGCCAAGAAGAAGAAGAAGAAGUACACUGUUGUGAGGGAACAGGACGAGAUAAGAAUCAAGAGUGAAGACGAUUGGGCGAUAGAGGACCAGGAGGGUGAAGAUUAUGAUGAUAAAAAAGCGGCUAGGGUGCGGCGAAAAAAUAAAAAGUAUCUAGGCUACGAUUUCGUGACGUAAUAACUCCUAUCCGAUAGAUGGCGCAACCAGGUCUGUUACAUUUCGAUUGACACGGGUUGGAUUCAAAGUUUUAUUAGAUUUCGCGCCAAUCUGAACGAACCAUAGACAAGCAUUGUUUUUUUUUUCGUUAAUUCUGACACAAUUGCUGUAUUUUUUUUUUUAUUUUAUAAAUCGAGUGUUACCUUGAUUAAAAUCAUACCUUAAGGUAUUUCCAGUUGUCUAUAGUUCUUAAUCUAUAAAGUUGUUUGCUUAAUCUAUGGUUGUAUGAUAACCUUACUAAUAAAGUGAACAUACGCGCAGAGUUUCAAGCUAUAAUAAAAAUUGCAACCUGAAUAUUUUGUAUCGUCUUUGAUGACGUUCAGCGUGUAUUAUUGGUAGUUUUGCAUUGCAUGUGGUGCCAAGUUCAGUUCUCGGUCGAGUAAUUGUAUAUAAGGAAGCCUCGGCUCUUGUGUUUACAAGUUUGUUGUUUCGAUUUUUAAUAAAAUAUUUGAAUCCAAUUACAUGACUAUUAUAAGUAGCAUUAUUAUGAGCUUAUAAUGUUUUUACCAUAGAUUAAAAACGUCUAGAUGUAGUGUCUGUCUAUAAACGCCUGGUCAAACACGAUCCAACUUUUUUUUGCCAAUGUAUCUAUAAGCUAGUUUGUUUAAAACUACAUAUGGACUUACACGAUUAGUGAUACCAAAAUGUUAAAAGAAAAUUACUCUUGACACGUUUCUUUGACCAUUGAUGUUCCAUCUAGAUGUGUUUGAUCUAUUUUUAUAUAUUUUAUUGCAAUAUACUUUUAAGUUUCCCAUAUUGUCAAUAGAUAUGUAAAAGUGGACGCAUUAAUAGAGUAGUAUUGUUGAAGCGAGAUAGAAAACCAGUUAGCGUUUACCCAAAUUGAUUAGAUUAGAAUUCAUGCAUAGAUUGCAGUACAUAUAGUUAUAUAAAAUGUAUGGUUUUAUUAUAAUUAAAGUAAGAUAUUACUUAUUUGAAAAUAAUUUACAUAUUAAAUUAUAGUAAUUAAUAUUAGUAUAGUACCGAUAUCUAAAGAACUAAAAAAAGGGAAAGAAGGUAUAGGUAUCGCCCAUAACAAUACAUAGAUAUUGUAACUACAAUACGUAUUAAUAUGCAGACGUUAUAAGUUUAAAGAUAUGAAUAAUUAUUAAACGAAACAAAAACGAGGGUACCAUUAAAGUCUGUGAACGGAUUUUAUUUUUCCCUAUCAUACCCUUAUGAGUGGUAGGUAAAAUAACGCAUUUUGUCUUCAGUAAAUUUUCUUCACAAAAUCCCCCCUAAGCAAUACUCCUAAAAUGGUAGUAAUUUUCUACCAUUCUCUACUACUCUGCCAAUGCGUUCCCCAAGAUCUGCUGUACUGCAUCAAGUAUAUUUUGCGUCGUCUAAUCCAGAAAUCUCCUUGAAAUUGUAUAUUUCCUUUGCAGUGUCGGUGUUUGGUAUACUUUUUUUUGUUUAACAAUAAAUAUGUCGGUUUUACUGUACAGAUUGGAUAAAUCCAUCAACUAUAAUUAUGGGAAUAUAGAGUUUUUGUGUAAUUAGAACUUGCCGCGUAAUUAGUACGGUGUAACAUAAAAAUAAAUAAUGCGGGUAGAAUGGACGCUCCCGUGAAUUCAAUAAUAAUAACUAGAACGCCGCGCGGCCGGCCCGCGUCCGGUUGCGAGCUAAGCCAGUCGACAGUCAGCGCUCGCGAGCGACAGACGUCGUUGAGAGCACGCGGCUCGUUCUGUCGCACGUGUGUCGCGGGAGUCGUAGUGUGUCGAAUUAAUACAUUUGUGACAAUCCUCGAUUAAUUUUGGCAUUACUGCUGCAUUCACAUAAGAGUGUAAUUUCCAUGCAGCCCCCCUAGACAAGUACAAACUAUCAAUAAAAUCAUUUACAUGAGAAACUCACGGACUCGCUGACGACAAUGAUUCCAUUUGGAGAUCAGAGGGCCUACCGUGAAAAUGGUUUCCGAAAUUUCGUUGUCGAACGAAACAUAAAUUACAUAAGUCAUUUGUAAAAUUAGAAAAAUAAUUAAAAUAUCUCUUGUUUGGACUAUAAUGGUAGGAUUUGACGUACGAAAUGUUUAGCUUCAUUUACUGGGCCUCUAGACAAGUGGCAAGCGAAUUCGUCGAUGGAAUCGACAUCGCUAGCUCCGUCCGCCCGUGAGAUAGAAUGAAAUAGCAACGCCGAGUGACUCAUUCCACCUCUCGGACUUGCUAGUGAUGUCGACUCCAUCGACGAAUACGCUUGCUACUUGUCUAGAGGGCCUGGACAGAUUUCAGUAUGAACGAAACGUAACUUAAUUCAUUACAUGUAAUUAGGACGCAAACGAGGAUACGGCUCACCUGACGGUAAGUGACUACCGCCGCCCAUGAUCACCCGCAACACUAGAGUCAUGGCAGGUGUGCUGCCGGCCUUUUAAAAAGGAAAUUUGCUCUUUUCUUGAAGGUUAUGAUGUCGUAUCGGUUCGGAAAUACUGCUGCUGGAAGUUGAUCCCAAAGAUUGGUCGUGCGUUCAUGGUAGACCCUUUGUACCUUGUCUACGGGGCAUAAUUUUUUUAUUUUUAAUGUUUUUUUUUUUUUUCAUGAUCGAUUGUGGUAUUUUUUUAUAGAAGGAAUUUAAAUUAGUAACUGAUUACCGACGUGCAAAUUUAUGUUACUCUAUAUAUCUAUUUGGUAAUAUAAGUUACUAACCGGUUGAAUGUAAACUCGAGUUUUUUUAUUACUUAGACAAGUCUUAUCUCCUUUGGUAAAAAAUAAUUGUUAUGUCUUUUAAAAGAAAUGAGUCAUUUUAAAUAGUUAUAGAAAUAAUAAAUCAAAUAAUAAAAGUUUUUUUUUUCUAGCAAUUUGUUUAUUACCCAUUUUUUUUUCAGUGAAAAGGCAUAGGAAGUGGCAAGGCCAAAAAUAAUUUACUAAAAAGUAUAAGUAAAGGAAAAAAUGGAUUUAUAUAAUAUGUUAUUGAAUAUAACUUUGAGAUAACAUAGUAUUUUCU